CUCCUCCUCCUCCUCCUCCUCCUCGUCGUCGUCCCUCGUGCUCCCCGACCUCCCGAGAGGGUGGUGCGGACCGUUGCCAGUGAUGAGAGCGGCGGGCGUCGCCAGGGGAGGCGGCGAUGGUGAGUGGAGGAGCAGCUCGGAUGCCAGGGACGCUGGCCUCCCAGGAGCCACGGUGGCCGCAGCGCGCGUCGGCCACGCUGUCUUUCUUCGAGGGCGCACUGCUGCAUAAUUAACCCAGGCGGUGGUUCGAUGCGUCGCAGAAAUGGCCCUUUUGGAUAGGAAUCUCCGCAGAGGCAUGAGCCCCCCCCGUCGAAGGCGGCUGUGGUGGUGGAAAUGAUCCACACGUGGGACGAUUGCAAAACAAGACGGGGCAUUGGUGCGUCCGUAGCCAUUUUGGCUCAAGCCAUUUUAGUCCAAGGAUUAGAUAUUGGCUCGCGCAGUCAGCGCGGCUCUCACCCGAUACUACAACACUCCUCGUUCUUCUCGUGCAGGAUGAAAGCCCCAUCAGCAUUCACGACCGUGUGGCUGGGGGUCUUGUUGGUCACCGCGACCGGCAUUCAAGUGCACCCGGAUACCAAUAGGUCACGCAUGGAGGCAAACUCGUCGACUUCUUGGACCUUGGUGUUUCGACAAACGGUCCCGUAUUGGUUUUCUUCCAAUCAGUGGUCGCUGAACUCGGGAGAUUCCUCCAAUGCCAACUACGCCAUUCUCGACCAGUUGGAAAACUAUCGCGGAGCCGACGGAAAGUUCACAUUUAAGUUAAAUUGGCCAGGGUCAACCUACCAUGGGGCAGCUAUGCUGGACCAGAUCUGGAAGCAAUCGCUCAACCCAGUGGGGUCAAGCCAGAGUUCAAGCAGUCCAGUCGCGGGUUACGAGGCGGUAAGUGUCCCUUAUACAGGUUUGUAUUGGGGAGGUUUGGAAGGAGGGAGCAGUCACGCACUCCUUGAUGGGUCCGUAGCACACCCCUACUAUUACUACGCCGUUGGCCUUUACAAGCAAUGGGAAAACGGCAUACCCUGCGUCGGUACCACGCGGACGGAUUACCACCACGGGUGCUCUGUUGUCGAGCUCUACGUGGGUGGGGCGCCCAGCCCGACCUCCAGCCCGACGCCCAGCCCGACUCCCACUCCGGCCCCAGCGGCAUCGGCGACGGGCGACCCGCAUCUCCAGAACAUCCACGGCGAGCGGUUCGACCUGAUGAGGCCCGGCAACGCCGUGCUGAUCCAGAUUCCGCGCGGACAGCCCUUCGAGAAGUCAUGGCUCACCGUGGAGGCAGACGCGCGUCGUCUGGGUUCGCAAUGCGCGGACAUGCACUUCCAAUCUCUGAACAUCACGGGGGCUUGGGCGGACAAGGUGCGGGCCGGCGGCCUCGCGUUCACUGCUGGGGGGUCGCGCGACGAGACGCUCCAGGCCGCCCAGGGCUGGACGAGGUUCGGCCCGCUGAAGCUGAAGGUCGUGCACGGCGGCACGAGCCAGGGCAUCACGUACUUGAACUUCUACGUCAAGCACUUGAGAGAGGCGGGCGCUGCUGUCGGAGGUCUGCUCGGUGAAGACGACUACACGGAGGCGGCGACGCCCGAAGAGGGGUGCUUGAAGUCGAUGUCACUGGAGAAGAAGGCGAUUUCGAACAGUGACGUCGGGCGUGCCGAGGCGAUCGCUAGCCUAGCGUAGGAUCAGCUCACGCGUCUCUUCUGCGGACACCGUCGGUAGCGCACGACCAUGGUCCGUGGGUGUAUUCCGUCGACGACCAUGAGUUUACUUCUUGGGGCCGUGCAGACGGGCAGCACGAGCUGCCCACGUCAUGCACAAAUCUGCCUAGCAGGUGCAAGCCCGUUCUUCUUCACCUUACAGUUUGACUUUGCGCGAUAUCGCGCGUCCUGAGUUUGCCAAAGAAAAAAAGACGGGGC